AUGGCGCCGCGCAGAGAAUUUCGGUCUAACCUCAACUCAAUAAAAUUAUCAAAGAAAAAUACCAAAAAUUGGUAUGAAGAUUAUUUAGAAUGGGGAAAAUUUAUUUCCUUAUUCACAGAUCCAAGAAAAUUAUUUUUAAUUGGAAGACUGCUCAUCAUUUUGGAAAUCAUUCUGAAUGUAUUGGUUAUUGAAAGAGUACCGUACACCGAAAUCGACUGGAAAGCGUACAUGCAAGAAGUAGAAGGUUUUUUAAAUGGAACAUUGGAUUACUCGAAAUUAAAAGGUGAUACUGGACCGUUAGUCUAUCCUGCAGGAUUUGUUUAUAUCUUCUCUAUAUUAUAUUUCAUCACGGAACAUGGAACAAACAUAAAAGUAGCACAGUACUUCUUUGCAGUUCUUUAUAUUGUGUUGCUUAUGUUAGUUUUUCGAAUUUAUGCGAAAACUAAAAAAGUUCCUCCAUAUGUAUUAAUCAUUAUGUGUUGUACAUCUUACAGAAUUCAUUCUAUAUUUAUUUUAAGACUUUUUAAUGAUCCAAUUGCAAUGAUACUGUUAUUUGCUAGUCUUAAUGCAUUUUUAGAUGAUCAAUGGUAUUUAGGCAGUAUUUUCUACAGCAUGGCUGUGUCUGUAAAAAUGAACAUUUUAUUAUUUGCACCAGCACUUCUCACAGCUUAUAUAUGUAAUUUAGGAAUGUUUAAAACAAUAAUACAUUUAUUCAUCUGUGCAUUAAUUCAAUUAAUAUUAGGUUUUCCUUUUCUCUUGAGUAAUCCAUUUUCAUAUAUAAAAAGUGCUUUUAAUUUUGGAAGGAUUUUUGAGUUUAAAUGGACUGUAAACUGGAGAUUUCUAUCAGAACAUGUUUUUAUUCACCCAUAUUUUCAUAUAUUAUUGUUAGUACUGCAUAUAUUAACUUUAAUUUAUUGUAUACCAACAUGGAUAAAGUAUAUGAAAUCAUAUGCAAAACUAAAGUAUAUGGAGAAAAACUUACAACCUCAGUUAAAAAAGAAAGAAAAAAUAGAUAUGUCACUCAUGAGUCAAUUAUUUAUUUUUCCAAUGUUUGUUGCAAAUUUUAUUGGUAUAACAUUUAGUAGAUCAUUGCAUUAUCAAUUCUACAUAUGGUAUUAUCAUACUUUGCCUUAUAUUGCAUGGUGUACAGAUUAUAAGACUGUGAUAAAAUUAACUAUUUUGGGCAUUAUAGAAUUAUGUUGGAACAUUUAUCCAAGUACAACUUUUAGUAGCAUUUCAUUACAUACAUGUCAUUUGAUAUUAUUAUUUAGUCUUAUGAAAAAUAAAUUUAAUAACAGAAAAGAGAAAUAA